UGUCAUUGCCUGAAGGUAGGGUUGUGUUGUGUUGUGUUGCGUUGGGAGAUCAGGGCAGAAGCGGGCGAGAGGGGCUGCGGAGGGAGAUGGCACUAUCUCAGUUACAGUGUCUAGACGAUGGGCAUGUCAACUAUCGGGUCAACGUCGCCAAGCCCGAGUUCUUCUACAGCGAGGCGCAGAGGUUGGCGGUGGAGGUGUUGGUGGCCGAAGGGAUCCAUGCUUUUCAUCAGACGGUGGCCAAGGAGAGCCUGAGGGAGUUCCUCUCUCACCUGGACAUCCAGCAGAUCCUGAGCUCGGUCAGGGACUUCCACAGAGAAGACCCACCGCCGGCUCCCCGGGAGGUUGAGGACCAAGGAGGAGAUGAUGUGGUGGGACAAGGGGAACAGGAGGGUAAACCUCUCUCUCUGCGCUACUGGCCCGAAUCCUCGGACGUUUCCCGACCCGGGUUGGACCUGGGUUGGCCGGACUGCGCGUCCUACCGAGGGGUGACCCGGGCCAACGUAUACACCCAACCCCCCUUGGACGGCUCCAUGCACAUCAAGGAGAUGUUCCGUCGGAUGAUCAGCCAGGCGCAGAAGGUAAUCGCUGUCGCAAUGGAUAUAUUUACUGACAUCGACAUCUUCAAAGACUUGCUGGAUGCAAGCUUCAGGAGAAAGAUUCCUGUCUACAUCAUUCACGACGAGGCUAACAUCGAAUACUUCAUGAAGAUGUGUGACGAUGCGCAAAUGCACGCAGGAAUGCUGAAAAAUCUGCGAGUCUAUACCAUCAACGGGACGGACUUCACCACCCGCUCUGCAAAAACAAUCGUGGGAAGACAGAUGCAGAAGUUCCUACUGGUCGAUGGAGACAGGGCGGCAUCUGGAUCUUAUAGCUUUACCUGGACCGCGUCUCGACUCGAUCGUAACAUCAUCACGGUGCUUUCUGGCCAAGCCGUGGAAAUAUUUGACAAUCAGUUCAGAGAGCUCUUGCACUUUUCUAAGCCGGUCAACUUGCAGCAACUGAACUUGGCCCCGGAGGAGGAGCCGCCAGAGCUCGCCCAACCCGUGGUCACCAUCACGGCAGAGCAGACGGCCGCGAUCGCCAAGAAGCUCAUCAACCCGAAAUACGCCCUGGUAAAGGCCAACAACAUGGGCUCUCUGUCCUCGGAGAAGAAAGCUGACUCAAAUGGCGCUGGCAAGAAGGCAUUGGGAGCUCCUGCCAAAGCACAAAGCAUAGAGGAAGGCUCUUACAUCCACCCAGCUCUGGUCAACAUGCCCAAGGUCAACAUGUUCCAUUAUCUGCCCACUUAUUUGGAACUCCCGCAGGAGGAGAAUCAGCAGGAGGAGGCCAAGGCGAGCAAACGCGAGUCUUGUCAACGCAACGCUGCCAAAGCGUGCAAGGCCAGCGCGGAUUCCUCUCAGCAAGCAGCGCGGCAAAAGGAGACGGCUUGUGAAAGCCCCGACCCGGCCCAGCCGAACGCAGAAAACGGAUGGGAGCUCGAGUUAACGUCGGAGGCUGGAAUGGAGGUGCCGGAGGUUAAGGAGAAACCAUCUGCAGCCUGGGGCAAAGAGAAGGUUACGAUGACAUUAGGUCCCAGUAGAAAUGUGAACCAUCCCGAACAAGAAAAAGAAGAAGAAGUUCAAACGAUAGUCACUGACACCAUGCAGGUAGAUCCUGAAGCAACGACGGAUGGACUAGAUGGUGAGGAGCUAGUAGAUGGUGUCUUAGAUGUCUCAGAUGGAGAGGAAAGCGACACAGAAGAGGCGCUUGCAAGUAACGAGGGUGAAAGCGAGGAUGUUAUUGAAUGCAUAGGAGUAGACCCCGAUCAGAAUGCUCUUCCAGGGGAGGAGAAUGAGGCGCGUCUAAAAGAUGAAUGCCCAUCCAACUCCUCCACAAAUGACACUCCCGACUGGAAUACAGACAGCAGCUCCCUCCGCGAGCAAUCUAUUGCUUCGUCUGAUUCUGAUGACUUCUAUGACUGUGUCCACACCCAAGCCCAUAGAAAAAUGUCCAGCCCGGCGAUAAGCCAGGCCAAUAAUCAAGUGGCCAACCAGGAAGAGAACAACAUUUUCAGCCAAGGCAUCUUUGGCAGGCCCUUGAAUGAUUUCAAAGAACUUUCUCACUCAAUGAAUGACAUACAGGACUGUAAAAUAUCGGAACAUAAAAGUUUAGAAGCUUUCUUCAAUGACAAAGACAACACAAGGAAGAGGGCGCUUAAUAAACUAAAAAUCUCGUUGGAAAUAAAUUAUCUAGAUAAAUUCAAGAGGGAUAGAUACACUUUGCCCACAGCGAGAUCAACAGGCAUGUGGGGGCCAAAUGCAAACGACUUGAGUUCACAGGCCCAUCGCAAAGCCCCAGUGAGUCCUGAUCUGGGCAAAAGUAGAAGGCAGAUAUCCAUGCCCAUGGCCUCAAGUUUGUUAAGCAAAAACUACCAAAAAGUCGCGUCCCAUUUAUCGAUCCCAAAAGGCUAUGAACAGAAGAGAUACGACAUCAAAGACACGGCGGCAAAGUUUGGCGCGGGCAACUCUGCCGCUCAGCGCCGGAAUCCCGCCACUCAGCGCAGGAAUCCCUCCUCUGCAGACCCAUCUGUCAGUGGCACUAUGGGGAACUAGAUCUCCAAACUAGCAACAGCCAAGCUCAAGACGCCAGUGAACAGGGUGGCGCUUGGUCCAGAGUCCUCCCAAAGGGCACUGACCGAGUGACCCCUUGAAGCAGGGGAACUGCUUGGACAACUCGUGGGAUCUGGUAACUUGCCUGCCAAUGUGAAAGCAAAGCUGCCUUGUGGUACAGGUCCACACCCAUUUUACAGCAACUGGUGGUCCAGCACCUCCUUGAAUCUGGACAAAAUUACGAGAGUGCACAUGAAAUGACCACCCCACCCCCCCC